GCUUUGCAGACGCUGUCGAUGAGAAGCGGUGAAUCUCGCGGGGUGAAGUCACCUGUCCGCGGCACUGGUGCGGCACGAACACCUGGAUGAGCCUCUGAACGAACAGCUGGAUGAACAGCUGGAUGAAGGUGUGAGCUGCUCCUCUUCCUCGCUCUCAGUUCUACAGCAGCAACAUGGCCGCUCAACCGAGUCCUCCAUCCCUUCUCAGAGAGUUUUGCCCACUCUACUACCUCCUCAAUGCCAUCCCAGCCAAGGUCCAGAGGGGCUUCAGGUCCGUAGUGGUCUACCUGACGGCUCUGGACAGCAGCAGUGACUUCCUGGCGGUGGGCAGCAGCAUCGGGAUGCUCUACCUCUACUGUCGCCGCCUGGCACACAUGAACAAGUACAGUCUGGAGGGAAAGUGUGACGCCAUCACGGCUGUGAAGCUGCUCAGCUGCUUCGAUGACCUGGUUGCCGUGGGAACAGCUUCAGGUCGGGUGGCGGUCUUCCAGCUGGUGUCUCCACUUCCUGGUCGUAACAAGCAGCUGAGGCGUUUCGACGUGGUCGGCCUCCACAAAGGUUCGGUCACGUCUUUGGCCUGGAGCACCAACGGGAUGAAGCUGUUCUCUGGGGAUGAUAAGGGACGGGUGGUGUUCUCCGCUCUGGACCUGGACCAGGGAGUGUGUAAACCAGUGCUGCUGUUGGAGGAGUCCUCGGCGGUGGUUCAGAUGGAGUACAGUCACCAGGUGCUGCUGGUCUCCACCCUGCACAGAUCGGUGCUGCUCUGCACACAGACGCAGGAGGUCCUGCAGCUCGGCUCCAAGCCCCGCAAGAGCAGCGGGAGGUUUGGCGCCUGCUUCCUGCCGGCUCUCUGUAAACAGAGCGACCUGCAGGUGUUUGCCGCCCGUCCCGGACUGCGACUGUGGCGCUGUGACGUCAGAGGUCAGGUGGAGGAGACGCGUCAGUUCAAACCGCUCUUCAACUCCCAGGUGCCCCAGGUGGAGCUGUUUCCUCGUCCUGGGCCUGUGGGAGCGUAUCGUCCCUCUGAGCGCCAGCUGGGCCUCCUCAGCUGCUUCCUGAGAGACGGCGUGAUCCUGAGCUGGAACGAGUACAGCAUCUACGUCCUGGACUGUGUGAGCGAGAUGGUGAUCGGAGCGUUGGAGAGCAGCGGGGACAUCGUGUCGGUGUCGUGUUGUGACAACGAGAUCUUCAUCCUGAAAGGAGACCGAGACGUCAUCCGGCUGUCCAACAGUCCCGAGGGGCUGGCCUCCAACUUGUCGGAGCUGUCGGUCCGCCUGGCCUCGCCUCUGACCACGCCCACCAUCGUCCAGCCGACCGGAUCUGUGGAAACCGCUCAGCCAAUCAGAACCAUGGCCAUCAUCGUGGAAGGCGGUGGGAGGGAGGAAGGAGGAGGAGGUGGCAGCGAUAGACUCCGAGAGGAGGGUCCAGAAGAGGAGGAGGAAGAUGUGGAGGAGGCAGAGGAGCAGCAGGAGGUGACUGAUACUGGGGAAUGGCCGCCGUCUGAGCUCAGUCACAGCGGUGUGACAGCUGUGUUUCCUGUCCAGGUGCGCUCCAGCGUGUACGGCAGCAGCCCUCGCAGCCGCAGCAGCUCCAUCACUUCCUGGGACAGUCUCCAUGGAAACGCUCCAAACACCACCCCCUCUGAGCCCAGCUCCAGGAGAUACAGCGCCCCCCUGUGUCAGGAGGAGCUGGUCGUUAAAGCCAUCAGAGUGAAGAAGAGGAGGAGACGACGCCAGGACAGCAGCAGUGGGAAUCGUCUGUCUGAAAGCAGCUGUUCAGACUCCAUGUUUGCGGUCCACGAUGACAGCUGGAGCGAUGGAGGCAGCGGGACUCCGGCGAGUGACCGCACCUCCCUGGUGGGUCUGGAUCUGGAGAACCAGAAGUCCCAGGAGUCCGGAGGCUCGGACCGAGGCCUGAAGGAGGUGGAGGAGCAGCUGUCCGGCUCCCUGCUCCUCCAGCUGGACACGGGACAGACCUCUGGUCCCGGCCCAGAGACUCAAGCCGUCCCCCCGACCCCCGAUGUGGACCUGCUGCUGGAGUGCACGUUCUCCUACAUGCACAAAUCUGAGGAGGACGAUGGGCAGGAGCAGCAGCCAAUGGAGGAGCCCGAAGACGAGUUUCUGAGUCCUCUGAUUGGACCGGAGGAGGAAGAGGAAGAGGAGGAGGAGGAGGAGGACAAGCUGGCGCCCCCUGCUGGUCUGGCGGACCCCAUGUUUUUCUCCACUGUGUCCAGCCUGGACAGGAAGCAGAGCAUGUCCAGCGAUGAAGACGGAGACAUCUACUGUCCCUCUGUGGCUCCGGGUCGGGACCGGGACAACCGCACCUCCUCCCCCAACCAGCUGGACAGGACCAAAGAUGGACGGACGGACCAGGAGGCCCAGGAGAAAGACCGACACAAACCUGACCAGUUGGCAGAAAGCUGGAUGGGAUACUCAGGACCCGGCUGUGGAAUACUGAGCUUACAGGUGACUGACAGGUAUGUGUGGUGCCUGGAUUUCAAAGGAGGACUGUUCUGCAGCCCUUUACCUGAAACCGGACUCAAUUGGCAGCGCUUUGAAGACAAUAUCCACCAGGUGGCGCUGUCCCCUUCAGGUAACCUGCUGUGGAAGGUGGAGCAGAAGACCAUGACGGCGUACGCCUGCGCCAAAGUGUCGGUGAGGGGAAAACGUCACUGGUACAAAGCCGAGGAGCAUUCGGCGUUCGUGGCUCUGAGUGACGACUCUGCCUGGAUCAUCAGGACCAACGGCGACCUCUACCUGCAGACAGGCCUGAGCGUGGAGCGUCCCUGCGCGCGCUCCGUGAAGGUGGAGACUCCGUGUGUGUUCAGCCAGGUGUGUGUGAGGGCGGGCGUGGUUUGGGCACUGAGCGAGCACCAGGCCGUCUUCUACCGGGAGGGUCUGAGCAGCUACUGCAGCCAGGGCGAGGGCUGGAAGUACGACACGGUCAGUGAGGCUCAGGGUCUAGACCUGGUCUGUGUGGCUCUGGCUGAUGGGGGCACGGCCUGGGCUCUUGAUGCCAGUGGCAGUCUCUGGUUUCGAACCGGGGUACGCUCGUCCAGACCGCAGGGUGACGACGACCACUGGUGGCAGAUCAGCAUCUCGGACUACGUGGUGUUCGACCAGGGCAGCCUCUUCCAGACGCUGCUGCAGGCCACGCAGAGCGUCGCCACGGUAACGCGGGCGCCGGUGGAGCGCGUGGUGGCUUUCCUGUCGCAGUACUCCCACUGCCAGCCCAGCCUGGUCAGCGCCAACCGCAGCGGCGUGUGGGUCGCGUCCGGCAGGAACCAGCUGCACCUGGCCCGGGGCAGCCUCGUGGGAACCUUCUGGCAGAACGUGGUCCCUCGCGGAACCGUCUCAGCCACCAGGUGGACCUUCAUCACCUCUUCAUCUGUACCUCACAAAGAAGGUACCUUCCUGUGGCUGGCUCAGAGCAGGAAGGAUCUGUUCUGCGUGUGGGACCAGGACGGCGAGCUCCGCCCCUCGUCGGUGCUGCUCCCCCCUGAGGUGGAGCUGACGUACCUGUCGGCCUGUCGGGACGCUCUGUGGGGUUUGGACGCUCACGGCCGGGUCCUCAUCCGGACGCUGUCUCCGUCCUGUCCCGCCGGUCUGCACUGGACCCCCCUGGAUCUGAGCCAGCUGGGUGGUGUUCGUCUGGUCAGUGUGAGCUGCGGCAGUCAGAACGUCUGGGCUGUGGAUAGCCGAGGAAUCGUUUACUUCAGGGUCGGAACCCAACCGCUGAAUCCCAGCAUGAUGCUCCCGGCCUGGAUCCACAUAGAACCACCUGCACAGCCCAUCGGAGUGCAGCUGGUCUGCAUCCAGACGAGUCCUAACGAUCGCCUCCUCUGGGCUUUGGACAACAGAGGAAGCGUCUUCGUCAGGACCGGGCUCAGCGACGAGAUGCCGGUCGGGACGGACUGGGAGCUGGUACCAGGUCUUGCCGUCAGUCAGCUGGUCCUCAGCUGUCGAACCGUGUGGGUUCGGUGCGUCAAUGGAGAUCUGGCUCGACGUUACGGCGUCUCUGAAAGAAACCCAGCGGGAGACUACUGGAAGAAGAUCCCUGGCGGCGCCAACUGGUUUACAGUGACUCCGGAGGACGAACUGUGGGCGGUCACCUUGGUGGGUGGAUUGGCACGGCGACUGACGAAGCUCCUCCCACAGACGCCUGUUAGACCCGCCUCCUCAGGCGCCUCGUUGGGAGACGACGUCGAUGACGAGUGGGAGCUGAUUUGACGUGCGACCUGACUGUGACACCGAUGUCUCGUGCAGUGGGUUCUGAUGGUCACCCUCUGCUUACUGACUUGAGACAGCAUGGCGGAUGUCACAGCGGUACCGACGGCGGACACGUCGCGAUGUCACUUCCUGUGAUGGAGCUCAGGUGGAAGGAUGGAAGCGAAGCGAAAAACUUAACUUUGAACAGGAUGCACUUUAAAUUGGAGGGACACUGGUUACGAUGGCUCUUCUGGUUCUAACAGGUUCUGGUUGAUAUUGAACUAGUUCUGACCGGUUCUAACUGGUUAGAUGUGUUGAGAACUGCUUAAAAAGAACCUCAAAUGGGUCUAGAAGCUAAUUCUGUAGUACGAUUAUAAAAGGACUCUUUACAUGACUGGAUAGUCUGGUUCUGACUGGCUCUGACUAAUUUUAACUGGUUUUCAACAGUUUUUACUGGUUCUAACUGGUCCUAGUUGGUUCUAACUGGUUUUAGCUGGUUCUAACUGGUUCUAACUGCUUUAACAAACAUCUUCAUGAGGCCUGGUCCAGAGUAGGAUUUUGUUGUGUGAGUUUAAGAAAAGGGGCAUUUUACACUUCUGGAUAGUCUGGUUCGGACUGGGUUCAACUGGUCGUAGCUAGCUCUAACCUGUCGUAAUUAAAAACAAGACAUUUAACCAAAAAAAGUCCUGUAGUGCACUUUGUGUUUCUUCUCUGUCCAACCAGAGCUGAGAAAAGGGAAACCGACCCAGUUGGACCCAGAAACCAGUAUUUGUUCUGACUGCUUGAUGUUGCUGCUUUUCCUGUUGGGAGCGACAUUAACUGUGCUGUUGCCUACCUGCCUGUCUCUUUUCCAGUCAACAUGGUAACUAACCGAAGCUCCGCCCUCCAUGGCAACAUAAGCUGCACCCACUGGAACUGUGUAUCAUGAA